AUGGCCGCGAACGAAACAUUUUCCUGGGUCGAAGGCCAUUACCCAGGUCUCUUCCACGAGAGCGAGCAUCACCCAGGACUGUACCCACCUCAAAAGAGAAAUUGGGCUACUUUCCUUUCCUCUCGCUCCCAACGGAGGUUAGAUUGGUACAUAGUGUACGAGUUCCUUCCGCUCAAGACUAGGCACCACCAGUUCAGUUUCGCUGAAGACUUUUCGGAGUUGUGGUAUCGGGCACUACUGGGACAGGACGAGCAUAGAAACAUCCUCAUCGAGGAGGGAAACAGCACGGCAAAAGUCACUAUGACUUUGGUGUGGACGACCAUCCCCGGCGUGUCUAUCCUCGCGACGAAUCGACAGAUCCAAGCAGAAGCCGGAUCAAUCCUUCUUCCCCGGCUUGAGGCCAUCAAGAUGGCGCCCAUCAAGAUCAUCUCGAACACGCCUGGUCUCUUUGUGUAUCGGCUUCAGAGAAUCUUAACAUGCCUCGCCUUCCCAGAGGAGGAUUGCAAUGGAAGCAAGGACCUCAGGAAUCUCUUGCCCCACGCGCACAUACACUUCGCGCAGUACACCCGAAACACAGACAUGACUCCGAUAAGGGAAGUACAAAUCGCCGUCAACAACCGUUUCAUUGACCGCGAUAAUCUCCAUAAAGCAGAUGACAGGGCGCGAAUCCUUCAACUCGCUUACCAAGGCCUACAGUCAUCCCAGUCUGCGGUCUUCGGCAGCAGGAAACUACAGGUCCAAGUCAGACCAGCUCUCUUGUCGGAAAUCGAGCAGAGCGCUCUCGAAGCGAACAUUGCUCUCUGGACUUGGACAAUUGGAAAUGGGGCCAUACUCCCUGCUCCUAUCGUCCAGAAUUCCGGGGUCAAGAAGUGGAUUAUAGGCGGAGGUGAUGUCAUCAGGGCCAGUGAAUGGGAGGCUGGCUGGGCGGAGGGGGAAUACUUUUGGCCGGAGCAAAAGUGA